GGAAAAUGGAGUUUCCAUGAGACCCUAAAAAGCAGGUAAAAAGGAGUCGGCCAUAACCAAUGGAGCCUAUCUCCACCCAAGAUGGUGAGCUGACCCACCCCAUUUUGUCAAAGCACCGGAAUCCGGUGGUGGCGUCGCCACUGCUAGCGGAGGUGGUGAGCUCAGAGCUGGAGGAGAUAUUAUCCGACACCACUUUGACUUACUUCCGGCGACUCCAAAAGGCCACUGCCAUGGAACUCUAUAGUUUGUUCCGGUUAGCCGGUCCGGCGAUCAUAGUGUACGUGCUAAACAACGUGAUGUCGAUGUCCACCCAAAUCUUCUGCGGCCAUCUGGGUAACCUCCAGCUGGCGGCGGCAUCCCUCGGCAACAAUGGCGUCCAGCUUUUCGCCUAUGGUGUCAUGCUGGGGAUGGGAAGUGCAGUAGAGACGCUAUGUGGUCAAGCCUAUGGAGCUAACCAAUAUGGAAUGCUUGGUGUCUAUCUUCAAAGAGCAACCAUCCUUCUAAUGGUCACAGGCGUUCCUCUUAUGAUCCUCUACAUCUUCUCCAAUCCCCUCUUGAUCUUAAUCGGCCAAUCAAAGGAGAUCGCAGCUGCUGCCGCCCUCUUCAUCUACGGCCUCAUCCCGCAGAUUUUUGCAUACGCCGCCAACUUUCCCAUUCAAAAGUUCCUUCAAGCUCAGAGCAUUGUCAACCCCAGUGCCUACAUUGCCGCCGCCAUGCUCGUGGUUCAUAUCCUGUUGACAUGGAUCGCACUCUACGUGUGGGGUUGGGGCUUACUGGGUGCGUCACUGGUGUUGAGCUUUACGUGGUGGGCGAUCGUGGUUGCGCAGUUUGUGUACAUUGUCAAGAGCGAACGGACUAAGGAGACCUGGACUGGGUUCAAUAUGCAGGCGUUUUCGGGACUCUGGGCGUUCUUCAAGUUGUCGCUAUCGUCUGCGGUGAUGUUGUGUCUCGAGACGUGGUACUUUCAAAUAUUGAUCUUGAUUGCGGGUCUGCUUGAUAACCCUGAAAUAGCGUUGGAUUCACUGGCUGUGUGCAGUACGAUACUUGGAUGGGUGUUGAUGAUUUCAAUCGGGUUUAAUGCUGCCGCAAGUGUGAGAGUGAGCAAUGAGCUAGGUGCAGGGCAUCCGAAAUCAGCGGCCUUUUCUGUCAUAAUAGUGACUCUUUGCUCGUUCGUCAUCUCGGUGAUAUGUGCCAUCAUCAUCUUAGCUUUACGUCACGUCAUAAGCUAUGCUUUUACUGAAGGCCAAGCUGUCGCAGAUGCUGUCUCGGAACUCACCCCUCUCCUCGCACUUUCCCUCGUCCUCAACGGCAUUCAACCCGUCCUUUCAGGGGUGGCGGUUGGAUGUGGAUGGCAAGCAUUUGUUGCAUAUGUGAAUGUGGGAUGCUAUUAUGUGGUUGGAGUUCCUCUUGGCUGUUUGUUGGCCUUCAAGCUUAACCUUGGUGCCAAGGGCAUAUGGUUGGGCCUGGUCGGGGGCGUGACGAUGCAAACAUGUAUUUUACUAUGGGUUACAUUCCGAACGGAUUGGCAAAAGGAGGUGGAGCAAACAAGAAAACGAGUGAAUCAAUGGCAACAAAGGAAAAAGGAACCUGUUCUAAGUUAUUAAAUUAAAUGGCUUUUUCUUUAUUUUCUUUAAUUUAACAAAAAAAAGUAUUUAUUUUUGUGUGAAUAUUGGUUUUCACGAGUUUUAUAUUAUUUAUUUGCUUGUAUACAGUUUUAUUUAAUGUUCGUUUGGAAAGCUGAGGGUAUUUAUGGGAAACAAAA